GCUUCCGCUAAGCCAGAAGACGUCUGGUGACACCAUGACACUCUUCUGUCAGUGGCUAACAUUGCACGCAAUUGUUCCACCAUUCGAAAGUCUGGCCUAGAUUUCAUUUAUUAUUAAUUCCGCGUGUUCCCAACAGGACUUCCCGUUCGGCUAUCAUACUUUCAGAAUGUUCGGUCCCAAAAGCGUGUAAAAAUGUGACUUCAGAUUGACUUGAAGUAUCAUCCUGUUAUCUCUGAUACAGACAAUGUGACGCUGAGACUUUAAAAAAAAAACAUAAUCACAUAAGCUAAUGCGAGGGAUGUUAACUCGUGUUUGGUAGCUUGGGGUAGAUUACGAGGGUGUGUGAUUGACCGUCCAAGCAUUAUCUAUUUAAUAUUCCUUUGUGCCGAUUCUUCGAGGAUAAUAUUUCAGUUCCUCUUGUGCUGGGAUAGUAUUCCAUUUUGCGGAGUAUUUAGUACAUUAAAUAUCAGUUGCUGACUAGCCACUUGAUCAUCGACUACAGGUGAUCAUGGUCAAGAAGCGAUGUUGUAAAUGGUCGAAAUUGACCACUGCUUUAUUAUAUUCAUCAGCAUUGCUACAUCUCUGUUUCGCAGACUGUUCUGUUAAUACACCCAUCAUAAUGCCAGAAAAUGAGCCCAUUGGAACUGUUGUGGCAUGGAUUCCCACAAGUUCCUUAAAAAUAGAGAGAUGUCGAGACGAUCCAAAGUACGACCACCAACUCAAAGCAAUGAAAGUUGCUGAACAAAACUGGACUAUCGUCAUCAACCAAAUAUUUGACGCUGAAACGAUGCCAGAUGCCCUGACGUUUGAUGCAACAUGUCAAAGCAGUGAUGGAUCAUCAUUGCCGCUUUCCCUUCCGGUAAUCAUUUCAGAUGUGGAUGAAUAUGCUCCAACAUUUACAUCAGCAAUGUUUUCUGUUCAAGUACCUGAGAAUACUACAGUUGGAUCAAAACUCUUUACUUUUGCCAUAGAUGGCCCAGCAACUGACAAAGAUCGAAUCAGUCAGUUAACACAGUAUGUUUUGAUCAGUGAUGCCAAUGGUAGAUUUGCCAUCAAUGAUCAGUAUCAAGGGAUUGUGGAGCUAAAGCAGCCUCUAGACUAUGAAAGUGGAAAUACUGAAUUCCGUCUUAAUGUAACAGUGCAGGAAGUCAAUAAUGUGUCCAUGGCUGACUUUACAACGCUGGUCAUCAAAGUCACAGAUGUGGAUGAUCUGAAUCCUGUAUUUAAUCAGCAGGCUUACACUUUACAGCUUCAGGAAGGGACAUUCACAGGCUUGGAAUCUUUCUCGCCAAGUCCUGCCAUAACAGCUUAUGAUGGGGAUAGGGCUAUUAACCAGACUAUCGUAUUCGCCUUGGAUACAAGCACUAAAGCUUUGUAUGGCAAUUUGUUUGAUAUCGCUCGGAAUGGAAGUCUUAGAGUCAAUGGGGCACUUAAACCUGGACAGUACAAUAUCAAUGUUAAAGCCUACCAAAUAGACAACCCAACAUUUAGAUAUGCAGUAGCCAUCCUAGUCUUGAAUGUCUCUGAUGUCAACAAUAACAAGCCAGUCAUGAACAGUGCUCAGUACUCCGCCAGUGUCUCUGAAUUAGCUGCCAUAGGGACAACUAUAUUGACCAUUGCUGCCAGUGACUUAGACGAGGGUGACAAUGCAGCCUUCAAGUUUCUCAUGCAAGGAAAUACUGAUGGUGUCUUUGAUCUGGAGACACAACAAACAUUAGGAUAUAUUGUUUUGAAAAAAGUAUUGGACAGGGAGAUAACUCAGAGCUACAGUUUCCAGGUGUUUGCAAAAGAAACUAAAACGAAAGAACUCUUUGAAAGUGACCGCAGUGCAGUGACCAUCACAGUCCUUGAUGAGAAUGACAAUAGUCCAGUCUUCACUAAAAGCUCUUACAACUUUAAGAUUAACCGUACAGACACUGGCUUUGUUGGACAGGUGACAGCUACAGAUGCUGACGCCCUACACAAUGGAGAGGUGCUUUACUCUCUACUGCAAUCCUCAUUCUCAUCUGCGGUGACUAUAGAUGCUAGGACAGGAAGGAUAAGUCUGACCAGGCCACUUGUUUUCACUGAUGUUGGUACCUAUUCCAUAAUAGCCAAAGCUACAGACAACAGCACGGAAGAAAUCAAAAGACGUUCCUCUCUUGCUGAAGUAGUGAUACAAGUUCUGCCUGUCAAUGACCACGCACCCUCAUUUGUUGGUGGUCCCUAUGUUUUUAAUGUCCUGGAGACUGCAGUGGCAGGGACUCUAGUAGGACAAAUCUCAGCUGUAGAUGAUGAUAAGGAUUCUAUUAACUAUGCCAUCAGAUCAGGCAAUGAAAAUCAAGACAUGAGACUGGACAGUUCAACUGGUCAGUUGUAUCUGGUCAAACAAUAUGAUCUGGAUACUGGGGCUGCAGCAUACCUGAGUUUAGUUGUGACCGCCUCGGAUGGUACACACACCACGGUCAUGGAUGUACAGAUCGUCUUUGUUUUUGUGAAUGAGUUUGACCCAGUGUUUACAUCAAGUCCCAGUGCUAAUGUUCAGGAAAACUCUCCUUCAGGAACAACAAUCACAACAGUUUUAGCCACAGAUAGAGAUAAAGGUCAAGAUGGUCAAAUCACUUAUAGUUUGGUUCCAUUACCAGACAGUACGUUCUUCCUUAUUGGAGCCACAACUGGAGUAAUCACCCUUAACUGUAACAAGUGUUUGGAUUAUGCUACUAGAAGUGGCUAUGUUUUAGUAGUGAAGGCAGAAGAUGGAGGCAGCCCACCAAGACUAAGUCUCCAAUCUCUGACUAUAAAUGUUACUCAGACAACUUUCUCUGAGCCACGAUUCAAACAACAAUUGUACAACUUCCAGGUGGUAGAAAAUUCUGUCAAUUAUUUUCAGCUUGAUGCCAGUGACCUAGAUACACCAAGGUCACUUUUGGUGUUCACCAAUGCUGCUCCCAACAACCCAGCUGAUUCCCCAUUUUAUGCUAAUGUUUUUCCUAAUGGAACACUUCGAAUAUCUAGCCUUGAUGCUGAAAAGAUUUCCUCAAUGACAUUUGGAGCCUCAGUGACAGAUGGUGUUACUAAGGAUACUGCUGUCAUCAUUGUGAAUGUGACAGAUGUCAAUGAUAAUGAUCCAGUUCCAGUUCUACAGUCACCCAUCAGUGUCUUUGAGAAUGCUCAAUCUGGUCAGUCAGUCUCAGUUGUGAGUGCUACUGAUGCUGAUAUUUCCAAUGCUGGAUUCACUUUCUACAUAGAGACUGGCACAGAUGGAAAGUUUGAAAUCAAUUCCUCCACAGGAUUGAUCACAACGUCAGGCCAGUUUGACCGUCGAUUAAAAUCAUUCUACAAUUUCAGUGUCAAUGUCCUUGACCACGGGUCACCUCCUCGCUCAGCCUCCAAGUUUCUAGUGGUGAAUAUAGUAGACAGCAACACUGCCCCCAUAUUUGUGAAAGAUUUGACCUCCAGACAGGAAGUAGCUAGAUACAGUUUUAACAUUUCUGAAGACAGACCAGUGGGAACUAAGGUCGGCUCUCUUUAUGCUUAUGAUCCAGAUUUUGGCUCCUCUGGCCAACUAAAAUACUCCAUUUCAUUCCAAGAGCCCAUAAAUACAUUUGUGUUGGAUAGUACUGAUGGUCAGCUGACCUUAAACCGGAUUCUUAACUAUGAGAUAAAGAAUAACUAUAAUUUAAUUGUUAUGGUCAGUGACAAUUCAUAUGAGCCCAAAACGGCCACCUCCACUGUGAAUAUCAAUGUGGAUAAUGUGGUGGAGUCUCCAGAGUGGCCUCUGCCGCUGCCUGUCAUCUAUUUCACCCAGGCUACUCCCUGCGACCCACAGGUGGAGGCUUUGUCCCAGGAAGUGACCACCUUGUCCAUCCAUGGGGACGAAGGAGUUGAGUACAAACUACUGAACCACACAGACCAAUUCAGCAUCAACAGUACCACUGGCAAUCUACAAGUGACCACCACAUCGUUGUCAGAAGGGGAUUACAUUGUCGGUCUAACCGCUUGUGCUAAAGGUUCCUCGGUGUGCUCCAACGCAAGUCUGACUAUUAAGGUCAGCGUUAGCAGUGGUCUAACAUUCUGUCCAGCCUUUGUGACUCUGUUGGUCAAUGAGUCCUCCAGAGUGAACGAGUUGCUGCAUGACCUAAGUACCAAUAAAGGAGACACAGGCGUGCAGUACACCAUCACAAGUGGUAAUGCUGAAGGGAAAUUCAGGAUCAACUCAACUGAUGGCAAACUUUACAUCAAUGGCCUAUUAGACAGGGAGACAGCUAGUCAGUAUGUAUUGACAGUCUCUGCAUUGCGACUCUCAACUAAAGAGACAGCUAAUGCUCAGAUUAUAAUCUAUAUUUUGGAUUCACCUGAUACACCACCUAGAUUUCAGUUGCCUGUGUAUCUUGGAGAAAUCUCUGAAUCUGAAACUGUUGGGACUCCUGUAAAAUUGUCUGAAUCAUCGACACCUCUUAUUGUACAAGCUACAGAUGAAGAUCUGAAUACGAAACUUACAUAUUCCAUUGGUCCAGUCAAUGACACAUCACUUGGAAGUUUCAGUGUCAACCCAGACUCGGGUGCCAUCACUCUAGCCAAGUCUGUAGACUUUGACACUAUGGCUUCAAGUCUCAACCAAAUGUAUUCAUUCUUGGUUCUAGUUUCUGAUGGACUAUUUCAAGCCAGCACACAAGUUCACAUUAAAAUACUAGAUGCCAAUGACCACAGUCCAGUAUUCACUGACCUCUCAGAUCCUAUUCUAGUUACAGUAAUGGAGAACGAGGUAAUUUCCAAAAACAUUUUAUCAGUUGUUGCAACAGACACAGACUCCAUAGACUCUGGGAAACUGGAAUACAGUUUAACUCUAGUGUCCCCUUCAGGUCAAGGUAACCCAUUUAAAGUGGAUUCCACCACAGGAAACAUUGUACUAGAUCAUACUUUAGACAGAGAGGUAGUUGAUGAAUAUCUUCUCAACAUCACUGUGACAGAUGUAGCUGGACAUAAGACAGUCAAACAAGUCCGGAUCACAGUAGGAGAUGUGAAUGACAACGGGCCAUACUUUGUCAACACGACCUACUUAAUGAAUGUCACAGAGGGACCUGCUGGCAUUGGUUCAUCUCUAACACUGGAAGCUGUUGAUAAGGAUGAUGCUAGCAAUGCAGAAAUUCUGUAUUACAUUCUCUCGGGAAAUGAAGGGAAAUACUUUGACAUAAUGAAAAGUGAAAAUAAGGGUUUGCUACGAACUGUGAAAGUCUUUGAUAGGGAAGAGUUAAUAAGACAAGGAGUGGCUUCUCUAAGUGUACUUGUCAAAGCAGCCAAUUUGGACAAUAAUUGGAACUAUUUGAGUUCUAGUACCUGUACAGUGUUAGUGACUGUCUUAGAUGUCAAUGAUAACUCUCCAGUGUUCAAUGCCAACUCUUAUACUGGCAAAGUCCUGGAGUCUGUUACUUUCAACACACUCAUUCCAUUAACACCUUCACUGACUGUUACUGAUGCAGAUAGUGGUACUAAUGGCAAAGAAGGCAUUGUGUUCACAUUAAAACCAAGUCAAGACUCAUCAAACUUCAGGGUUGAUAGAACUACUGGGCUGAUAUAUUUCAAUGGAACACAUUUAGACAGAGAGACAAAAGACUUGUACAUCCUGGAGAUAGUUGCGACAGAUGAGUUGGGUCAAGGUCUCAAUGCCACAGCCAGUCUGAACAUAACCGUGUUAGAUGUGAACGAUGAGAUUCCAGAGUUCAACCAGACAGCGUACAGUCUAAGUGUCGUAGAGAAGUCUGCGGUGGACACCGUCGUUGGUCAAGUCUUUGCUAGAGAUAAAGACAGUGGGACUACAGUUUACUUUGUCAAGAGUUCCUUCCCUUUUGUAAUUACCCCCCUUGAUGGUAAAAUUCUAGUGGCUGGCAACUUGGACAGAAAAGUGUUGAAAACAUAUUGGUUGAAUGUGUCAGCCUGUGACGUCACUCUGCCCGAGAACGUGGGCUGUAACUUUGUGAAUGUCACCAUCACUGUCACAGACACUAAUGACCACUGUCCAGUAUGGAACACUAGCUCUUUAUAUUUGACUGUUACUGAACAAAGUCAGGCAACAACAGUUAUUGGUCAGUUGUUGGCUACAGAUGAGGAUGAGGAUAGUUAUGGCAGAGUGACCUAUUUUAUCAAUGACACAGCAUCCCAGACCAGCUUCAACGUGAAGCCCAAUGGUGAAGUUGUUCUGCUCCAAGCCUUAGAGAACAGUGGCGUUUUCAAGAUUCCUGUGUAUGCUCAAGAUGGUGGUGGAAACCAAAGCUGUAUCCAGAGAAAUGUGCUGGAGAUUCAAGUGACUGGGAAGAAUCGCUUCAGUCCAGUUCUUUGUUUCAACGGUACUUGUGGCAUGUCUACUGUUAAUAUUACUGUUCUGGACAAUGCAAAAGCAGGCUCUGUGAUUGGCUAUUUGACAUCAUAUGACAAUGACACACUCUUCAAUGGUGAAACACAUUAUCUCCUGUCAGACACUUCUUUUAUUUCUAUCAGUAAUGGAGGAUUUAUUACGCUUCAAAAAGAUAUCGCCAAGAAUGAGGUUCCAAAAGACCUGACACUCUGGGUGAUAGACCAUGGCAUUGUUCCCAGAAACUCAAGUACCACUCUCCGCAUAAGACUGGAAGCAUCUCUGACUGUCAGACCUGUGUUUAGUAACAACAGCUACUCUUUUAGUGCCCAAGAAAAUUCUGCUUUCUCUGCCAGAGUGAAUGUAACACAAACUGAUGGCAAGCCAAUCAGACUCUCACUCAUCACAGAGAAUGUACCAUUCGGCAUAAGUUCUAAUGGAACACUGUACAACACAAGUAACCUAGACAGAGAAAAACAAGACAAAUAUGAGUUUAUAAUUUCUGCUACAGUCACCAACAAGGAAGAUUUGUUUUCUUGGGCACUGGUGAAAGUUGAAGUGACAGAUGUCAAUGAUAACCCGCCUGUGUUUGAUGACAGUGAAAAAACAGUCACUGUGCCAGAGAAUACCAACCAGACCUUGACCCAACUACAUGCCACUGACCCUGACCUUGGACUUAACAACAAAGUCACAUAUAUUUUAUCUGAUCCUAAUUCAUUUCCAGAGUUUAGAAUUGAUGCUGGAACUGGAUUGUUAUCUCUGGUGGUCCCACUGGACAGAGAGACUGUACCGUCCUAUACACUGCAUAUUGUGGCACAAGAUGGAGGCACACCAAUGCUUAGUUCCACGGCCACUGUCACUGUUGUAGUUGCUGACCUUAAUGACAACGCUCCGAUAUUCACCCAGUCAGACUAUGUGUUCAACAUCAACGUAUUCAACACCAGCAGCCAAACACUGUAUGCAGUGAGUGCCACAGAUAAGGAUGAAGGAAUCAAUCAGAAAAUUGUCUACAAGCUUGAUGACACAACAGAAGACUCAGAUUAUUUCUAUGUGGACCCAUUAACUGGCCUACUUUCCAGUGUCCAAAAGUUGAUUCGAGCCCAUUACUACUUCAAAGUGAAAGCCUCAGAUCUUGGAUCACCCUCGAUGUUCACGUUGGCUAAUGUGACUGUGAAUGUACAAAGUAACGAGAUCAUCCCGACCUUGUCAGUUGUACCAGAGAGUGUCAUGCUGUACGUUGGCAUGUCACAGGGCUAUGUUCUGAAUGUUACACUCAAUGCAACAAAUACAGGAGUGUUACAAAUAGCAGGAGGCAAUGAGGAUCAAAUAUUUACACUCCAGAACAACAAGAUUUCUUUGUCACACAUUCUCUCGCAGCCUAAAGACUAUCUACUGGUUUUGGAAGCUUCCAACAGACCAAUAUCACAGCAUACUAGUACAGCGAAGCUACAAGUCUCAGUCAGAAGUGUCGAGUUUGAUCAAAUCAAUUACUUUGCAAAUGAGACAGAAAAUGACAAAAGUCUACCGAGGCUCAUCUGCCAGUUAGGAAGUCCAGCCAAGCAAAUAGCAGCUGUCAAAUAUACUCUCUACAAUUACAAUGAUCAGUUCAAACUAGAUGCUGGCAAUGGCCAACUUUUGGUUGUGCAAUCUUUAGACAGAGAAUCUCUCUCGGUGUAUGUACUGAAUGUCUCAGUCGGUAUUGUUGCCGAUGGUCAGUCGCAAGGUAGAAGAAAAAGAGAGGCACAAAAUUCAGCUGUUGGUUAUGCCAAAGUGAUUGUCCAAGUUGGGGAUGAGAAUGACAACAUUCCCACAUUUGGUUCUAGUCUGUACUUUAAUCUACCAGCCUCUAUAUCUGAUGGUGCUUUGAUUUCACAGAUUCAAGCGUUUGAUCCAGAUGAGGGGAUCAAUGGACUGCUGCAAUACAAAGUCACCAAAGGAAGCAGUGCAGCAUUUAGCCUUGACCUUCAAAGUGGACAAUUCAAGGUAAACAACUCUACAGUGCUAAGUACGCAGCAGAAGUGGGAGCUGCAAGUGAGCGCGACUGAUCAGAAUGGUGCAGGACAUACAGCUUUCACUGAUGUGACUAUCUAUGUACAGAAUAGCAGCUUGUACACUCUGCCUGCAUCCAUACCACUGUCUUUGUUUCAGUCCAACCAAAAGGAGAUUAUAAGAAGUCUGGGUGUUCUACUUGGCUAUACUGUUGUGUUCAAUCAAGCUGCAAAGAUCAAAGACAGCACCACUGCCAUCUCUUUUAGUGCCUUAGACCCAGUCUCUAACUCAACAGUGUCUACUGAUGAUAUUGGCAAAAAAGUCCAAGCAAGUUUGUCAGACAUUUCAGAUUUGUUCAACUCGUACUUAAAGUCUGCCAAAUCUGCCAGCAACAAAGACGAGGGAGCCUACACGACCACAUCUAUUGUCUUGAUUGUCAUUGGCUGCGUUAUGUUUGUGGUUUCCUUGUUUGCUAUCUUGGUGGCCUACUUGUUGUGGAAAAAACAGAAGCUGUAUGCACAGAAAGAAGAAAAUGCUGCCCGAGUGAGAGAAAAACUAGGUCAACAGAUGACCAUGACCCAUAAAGUCUCCAACGCCAGUUCUGAUCCUGAUGGACAUUUAGAAAUGCAGGAGUCCCCGCCGGAUGUCGAGGAGCAGGAGUCUAGGAUUGUCUUUGAGACUGAGUUUCAAUCUGAUGUCAGUACGGUAGCCUUGCGGAAACGUCUUGUGGACAUGAAGACACAACAAAUGCAGGCAUUGUUCCAGUCCAUCAGUGAGGAGGAUGAGGAACUCAACAAUUCACGAAGAGGGCAGUCAGCUGACCAGAACACUCAAAUAGAGCCGUCGAGAGUUAAUCAAGGAGCAGUGUCCUACGCAGAACAGCCUGCUAGUCAAGCGUCUUCAGUCCGGAGACAUAAUGACGUCAUUUCUGAAGAGGAUGAAGAUGUGUUUGUUGAUGAAAAAAGUAAACCCAACUUGCAUUCUGACAGUGAUGCAGUCCCUGAGUCCAGUUUACAAGUUUAUGAUCAAAUUAAAAACUUAGAUGACCAAGUCCCCUCCGUCGGUGGCUCAGUCAAUGACUCAGUGCCCUCACUACUGCCGAGCCAAGACAAGGAGAGACUAAGCAGUGGUGGUGUCGGCUCCAGUGACUCUAAUCACAGCCCUUCACGUGAAGAUGACAAAUCUGAUGAGGAUUCUUCCAGUCUGUCUUCACGAAGUGAUGGGGAUGACAAUUCUUAUGUGGAGGAAAUGACAAGUUUCUAAAGCAGACAUUUUUUAUUUAUUUAUUAUGACAUUGAGAUCAAAACAUCUACAUUUUACCUGUUCACUCAUCUAUUCACUCAUCUAUUCACUCAUCAAUUCACUCAUUCAUAUACAUUAUUACUUCACCAAAGCUUAUUACAGUAUGUCACUAACUCAAUGUCACUGACUCUGUCUGUAACUCUAUAAUCCACUACCUAUAAGUGACUAUUGCUGUAUAUAAUAAAUACAUUUCAAUGAGCCAUACUUUAAACUGAUAACAAAUUGAAUGGUGCCAUGAUAAUAAUUAUAAUUUUUCAUCACUUGGCUGGGUUUUUUUAAAAUCUGCCUUAAGAGUUCAUUACAUUUUCUAAGUUGUUCUAAUUAAUGUUUGCACAUUUCUGACGCAGAUAAUGAUGUUAUUUAGAGAAAAAAAGAAAGAUGCAACAUAUCAACAUAAAGCUUUGAGGAUUCAAAUAUAUUUAGGAGUCAUUAAUUAUUUUAUUUUAUUUUUAUCAACACUAAAAGAAUACAUUUAGUUUAAUUUUAAAUUUUAAAAAAUUCUUUGAUUCCAAAGCCAGUAUCUCAACAAGGUUAUUCUACAUUAAUGUUUUUAAUUUUUUUAUUUUGCAUUGUAGACUUUACAACUAACUAUGACUUCAAUAAUCAGUUAGCAUUGUUCAGUGCUUUACUUCACAAAAUUUUAUAAAUGAAUAUUUUAAUUGGGGUGAACUUUAAAAAAAGAAAAAAUUUGCUGGACAGAUUUCCUUUUUGUUUUUUAAUAAACAUUUUUUUAUAAAUCCUAAAAUAGUUUUUUAAUAUCCUAUUGGAGAACUUGAUCUCUUAGCAGAUGGUACAAAGUUGUUUUUUUAUUCUCAAAAACAAAUUCCUAGAUUAGAUUUUAUUCAAAGUUAAAUUUUUUUAUGGUUAAGAAUUAGGAUUUGGGGGGGGGGGGGGGGGGACAUUUAAAAAUAUGGUCAGUAAGGGGAUCAAACCCAUGAUAUUCACAUUAUUAGCAAUUAGCUAUAACCACCCAUACCAUUAAAUUCAGAUGUGAAAUUUCAGCUUGAAAUAAGUAACUUUUUUACUAUGAGAAAAAUUUGAGCUCAUGGAAGGACUCUUAUUUUGUUCUUAUGAUUGAAGUUUUGAUUUUGGCUGCAUGGCUACACUAAAUGUUGGCACAUUAAGCUAGAUUCUGCUAGAUAAAACUAGUCUAGUAGCAGCCUAUCAUGAAAAAUAUAACCUAACGUAAUUGGCAGGUGCAGUAUAAUCUUCUUGUGUGUGAAAACUGUGAUAGAAACAAUUUAUGGUAACUUUUACUAUUGAAUAAAAUAUUUUUUUAUAACAAAUUAUCAUUGAUGUGAACCAAAGUUUUUUGACUUGAUGUAUCUUAGUGUCUACUUGUACAAUAAUUUUGUAUUUAUUUAUUCAACAUUUGAUCAGAUCCACAUUUCAUAUUGUGCCACGCUUCUAUCUCUUCUACCAUGUAUGUGAUAUCAGUUUUUGGAUGCUACUUUUUGAAUCUGUAAGUCUAAUUUGAUAUCAAAUUAUUUGAUGUUUAUUAAAGUUUAAUUUACUUU